CAGGAAACAGAAGCAAUUAAUUUCUUUUUCCCAGUUUGAAUUCAGAUCAGACUGUACUUGACAAAGGUUAUCAUUGUCUGCAAAAGAAAGGCUAAAGUUCGACUGCUUAGUGCUUUAUCAUUAUGGCAAUGGCCAGUUUUAGGAUAUAUGGCGGCCUGGUUUAUCCACUUUUAGCAUUGGCGUUUGUUUGCCAUCUUGCAUGGGGAAAGCACUCGGGUGUUACAAGGCACUAUAAAUUCGACAUUCAAUUGAAGAAUGUGACUCGCCUUUGCCAUACAAAGCCUCUGAUAACUGUGAAUGGGCAGUUCCCAGGGCCUACAUUAUAUGCUAGGGAAGGUGACAGAGUGUUGGUCAAAGUAACAAAUCAUGUGAACAAUAAUGUUACUAUUCAUUGGCAUGGAAUUCGGCAGCUUAGAUCUGGAUGGGCUGAUGGUCCUGCAUAUGUCACUCAAUGUCCAAUUCAAACUGGGCAGAGCUAUGUGUACAAAUUUACCAUCAAAGGGCAGAGAGGAACACUGUGGUGGCAUGCCCACAUUUCAUGGUUGCGUGCAAGUUUGUAUGGGCCCAUUAUCAUCUAUCCUAAAAACCAUACUUCUUACCCAUUUCCUAAGCCCCACCAUGAAGUGCCUAUUCUUUUCGGGGAAUGGUGGAAUGCAGACACAGAGACUGUUAUCAAUCAAGCAAUGCAAAAUGGCGGGGGCCCUAAUGUAUCAGAUGCAUACACAAUCAAUGGACUCCCUGGACCGUUGUAUAACUGCUCUGCCAAAGAUACAUUCAAGUUGAAAGUGAUUCCUCGAAAGACUUAUCUCCUCCGCAUAAUCAAUGCUGCUCUCAAUGAUGAAUUAUUCUUUGCAAUCGCCAACCACACAUUAACAGUUGUGGAAGCAGAUGCUGUGUAUGUUAAGCAAUUCCAAACCAAUGUCAUUCUCAUAUCUCCCGGGCAGACCACAAACGUGCUCCUCACAGCAAAAUCCCAGCCCCCAAAUGCCACAUUUCUCAUGUCUGCCCGCCCUUACGUUACGGGCAGUGGAACAUUCGACAAUUCCACUACAGUGGGAAUUCUAGAAUACAUUUCAAAUUCAAUCUCAUCCUCUCCUCUAAUGAAUCCAACCCUUCCAGCCCUGAAUGAUACCUCAUUUGCUGCCAAUUUCAGCCAAAAGUUCAGAAGCUUAGCCAGUAAAAAAUUCCCUGCAGCUGUUCCUCAGACUGUAGACAGAAAAUUUCUAUUCACAGUUGGGUUGGGGCUAAAUCCUUGCCCUAAAGGACAAACAUGCCAAGGCCCCAAUGGCACAAAAUUUGCAGCCUCCAUUAACAACAUAUCUUUCGUUCUUCCCACCACAGCUCUUCUUCAAGCUCACUUCUUUAGGCAAUCCAAAGGAGUUUAUACUACAAGAUUCCCUGACAAUCCCCCAUUCCCUUUCAAUUACACAGGCACUCCUCCCAACAACACAAGAACUCUGAAUGACACAAGGCUGAAAGUGAUUCCAUUCAACAGCAGCAUAGAACUUGUUCUUCAAGACACCAGUGUUGUAGGGCCAGAGAGCCAUCCUCUGCAUCUUCAUGGCUACAAUUUCUUCGUUGUGGGUCAAGGAGUAGGAAACUACAAUCCGAGAACCGACCCAUCUAAUUUCAAUUUGGUGGAUCCAGUAGAAAGAAACACAGUUGGGGUUCCCAGUGGAGGUUGGGUUGCCUUGAGAUUCCGAGCUGAUAAUCCAGGGGUGUGGUUCAUGCAUUGUCAUCUGGAAGUGCACACUAGUUGGGGAUUGAAGAUGGCAUGGGUUGUUUUGGAUGGAAAUGGGAAAUCUCAAUCUGUUCCUCCUCCUCCCAAAGAUCUUCCAUCCUGCUGAUGACUUAAUGUGCUUGUGUUUGUUUUAUGUAUUCUAGUCCUGUGCACCGUGUGCUAAGUGCUUCCACUUGUAAUUCUAUAUACUGGUUUUCAGCAAAUUCUAGAGUUUGAAGAAGGAAAAUGUUCUGUCCAAUGGUUUUAUUCAGACGCAAAUUGGAUUUGUAUCAAAGGAAGAUGAUAAAACAAUAGAUUGAAUCAAAAUUGAGUUCA